UGCGUGCGGUUUCGUUGGGCUCCGAACUCCGAGCUGCGUGCCUUGUACUCGGAACUCACAUCCUUCGUGUCCUCGGAAAAUAUUCAAAGUUAAGCGGCCCGCAAAUCCGCAUCGUGUAAUGAAAAUCAAAGUACAUAAAUAUAAAAUUAAAUGUCGUAAAUAAAAAGAAUAAUAUCAUCAGAACAUAUACAAUAUGUACAUGUGAAUGUGUCCAAAGACGCGACCCGCGAGGCGACACAAAGCGAAGUUUAAGAAACGUGCCACAUUAAAUAUUUAAGAAACUCAGAAAGCCGACAAAAGUGUGAGAGAAUUUGGAGCCAACAGCGUUUGGUCUAACCAUCAAUGACAACCAAGUGAAGCCUUCGGAAGUGACUCCCUCGGCCCCAAGAUGUACGGACUGCUCUUGGAGAAUCUCUCCGAGUACAUAAAGUCUGUGUAUGGAGAAGAGAAAUGGGAGGACAUCCGACGACAGGCUGGGAUCGAUUCGCCCUCGUUCAGCGUCCAUCAGGUCUAUCCCGAGAAUCUGCUCCAGAAGUUGGCCAAAAAGGCCCAACAGGUCCUGGGCGUCUCGGAGCGGGAGUUCAUGGACCAGAUGGGCGUCUACUUCGUCGGCUUCGUGGGUCAGUAUGGCUACGAUCGCGUCCUCUCCGUGCUGGGUCGCCAUAUGCGCGACUUCCUCAACGGACUGGAUAACCUGCACGAGUACCUGAAGUUCUCGUAUCCGCGGAUGAGGGCACCCAGUUUCAUCUGCGAGAACGAGACGAAGCAGGGUCUGACCCUGCACUAUCGCUCCAAGCGUCGGGGAUUCGUCUACUACACGAUGGGCCAGAUACGUGAGGUGGCGCGUUAUUUCUACCACAAGGAGAUGCACAUCGAACUGGUUCGGGAGGAGAUCCUCUUCGACACGGUCCAUGUUACCUUCCAGCUGACCUUCGACAACCGGGCCUUUACCCUGGCAUCCUUGGCCAUGACGCGGGAGGAGAAGCACCUGCCCAUCAGUGCCCAUGUGCUGUUCGAGAUCUUUCCCUUCUGCAUGGUGUUUGGUGCUGACAUGGUAGUACGCAGUAUAGGAAACUCAUUAAUGGUGAUUUUGCCUGAACUGCUUGGCAAAAAAAUCACAGCCUGGUUUGAUUUGGUUCGUCCCCUGAUUGCAUUCAAAUUCCAGACUAUACUCAAUCGUACCAAUAACAUAUUUGAAUUGGUCACUGUGGAUCCAGUCACCGAAAGAUUUGACGCUCAAAACGAGGAUUUACUUCAGCAUGAAGAUGGCAGCGAACCGGAAAAGUCAUUGAGGCUAAAAGGUCAAAUGGUUUACAUGGAAAACUGGCGCAUGAUCAUGUUCCUGGGCACUCCCGUGAUGCCAGAUCUGAACUCGCUGAUAACCACUGGCCUCUAUAUCAACGAUCUGUCCAUGCACGACUUUAGCAGGGAUCUUAUGCUGGCGGGUACUCAACAAUCAGUGGAACUGAAAUUGGCCCUGGAUCAAGAGCAGCAAAAGUCCAAGAAGCUGGAAGAGUCCAUGAGAUUGUUGGAUGAGGAAAUGCGACGAACUGAUGAGCUACUUUAUCAGAUGAUACCCAAACAGGUGGCUGAUAGGCUAAGACGCGGCGAGAAUCCCAUUGAUACUUGUGAAAUGUUCGAUAGUGUUUCCAUCCUGUUCUCGGACAUUGUGACCUUCACGGAGAUCUGCAGUCGCAUCACUCCGAUGGAGGUGGUGUCCAUGCUGAAUGCCAUGUACUCGAUCUUCGACAAGCUGACGGAGAGGAAUUCUGUAUACAAGGUGGAGACAAUUGGCGAUGCAUACAUGGUAGUGGCGGGGGCCCCGGAUAAGGAUGCCAAUCACGCCGAACGAGUCUGUGAUAUGGCCCUGGAUAUGGUGGAUGCCAUAACCGAUCUGAAGGAUCCCUCCACGGGCCAGCAUUUGAGGAUACGUGUGGGCGUCCACUCGGGUGCCGUGGUGGCAGGCAUCGUUGGCCUAAAGAUGCCGCGCUACUGCCUGUUUGGGGAUACCGUAAAUACCGCCUCGCGAAUGGAGUCCACCAGCAUCGCCAUGAAGGUACACAUCUCGGAGUCCACGAAGAUUCUAAUCGGUCCCAACUACAAGAUCCUGGAGCGGGGCGAGAUCGAUGUGAAGGGCAAGGGCACCAUGGGCACGUACUGGUUGGAGGAGCGCGAGAACCGAUUGCCUCUCCAACUGACCACUACUCUCCAGGUUCAUCCGGUCUCUCCAGUUUCGAGCACGCCCACAUCAAAAACGAAGGCAAUUAUGCCGCCGGUGUCCAAAUCGCUGACUCCUUUGGUUCCCGUUUCCGUUUCGCUAGAGGUUUCGAUUCCUGCCACCUCCGUUCCGUCGGUGGAUGUGGUAGCUCCUUCGUCCAGCAUGUCGGGUUUGGUUCUUACAGCAGCUGCAGCGGCACACAUGUCGCUUCAUCACCAGACGGUUGUGGCGGGUGGACCAGCUGCAGCUUCAGAAUCUGCAGGAUCAACAGGAGUAGGAGGUGUGGGAGAUUCAGCAGCUGGAGGAGGACCGGGAGCAGGGGCACCUCCAGAUGACCGUAACAGUCGGAUCUAUUCACCAGUAACUUUCAAGGACGUGGCUCGUCGGAGCGCAGCUAAUUCACCAGACCAGGAAAAGCGCCGCGAAUCACGCUCCAAUUCCACAGGACACGUGUUUAUGCGCUCCCCGUCGGACAUUUUUGGCUCACUCAUUCUGGACACCGAGGAAUUUCUCGAAGACCUGCAAAUCUCUCGCAGCUCACUGGCCAACAAUAGUAAUAAUCCGCCCUCUUGUGGAUUCAGUCCAACUCCCCCAUUCCGGAUUGGCAGCGCACCACCCAAGCCGAGACCAAGUAAUCCGAAUAAGUUUACGCCCGAGGAACUGGCCGCCAUGGAUCAACUGACGCCGCCAUCGACGGCUCCGGCCAGGGAAACGGCAUCCUGCAGCAGUGCAUCCUUGGAUCGGGACAAGGCAGCCAAGCUCAAAAAAAUCACCUUCUCCAACUGCAGCAGCUUGGAUGCAACUACGACGACAGAAGUGGCUGCCGUUGUGUGUCCCAUGCGACCCAAGUCGCCGGUGGUGCAGGCGACUACCAGCAAAAGCGACACCAAACGCCCAGGAUCGAAGGAUUCGGUCUCAUCCAUUUCCCUGCACUCACCUCCUCCACAUCGAUCGAACUCUGCUCCAUCCAGACCCCAUUCCAUGUCAAAGGCGGCGCGAAAGGCGUUCCUGGCCGCCAAGCAGACGAAGGCCAUGGAGAAGCUGGACAAGAUGAUCGAGGAGGUCCACGAAGUGGAGUCCCAGUCGGCGACGAAGGCUGCCAACAUGCGGAUGGCCCUGUUUGGUCAUGACAGAGGUGGUGGGGGUGAUCUGGCCGCUGGUGGGUGUCCCCUUUUCCUGCCACCACCGCCGCAGCAGCAACAGCGCCUGAUGCCCAGCUCCAUUUCAGAUUCCGGCCUCUGCAGUCAUGGACAUAGCCAUGCACCCAGCUGCCACCACCUGGAUCCGAAGAUGAGUAACAGCCAGAGUUUCCAGCACUCUCCCCGAGGGGGAAUUACCCACCAGUGCUGCAGUGGCUUUGGACACGGAAAUGGACGUCAUUCGCACCGGAUGCACUCGAACGCCUGCCGGAUCCUGUAAAGAAUUCACCAGGCAGCACCAGCAACCCACAUCCAUAUCAUGUAUACUGACUCGGAUUCUGUUCAAUGUUUUCGCGCGCUUUGUGGUGUUGUGAUGAUAACUAGUCAGCAAUUAUUAGGGUUUAGUUAGUUGUUGAAUCUCAUAGUGUAUAGAAUAGAUAAAGAAAGUACCUACAUGUUAUAUAUACCCAGACUAUAAAUAGUCGAGCAGUGUCUAAAUAUGCUAAGAAUCUGUAAAAACUGUUAACUCUUCAUGUGUAUUAAUCAAAAGAUUUCAAAUUUAUUGACCUCUAUAUAUGACAAUACCAAAAGGGCAACCAAACUACAAAAGGAAAGGCAUUUCCACACAUUUUCAUUAAACCACCUGAGGCAGCGUUUGCUCACAAAAUAAACUAAACUUAUUAUAUAUGUAUUAUAAAUCUCUAUAUAUUUGUAGUAGCUAAAUGGUUAAGUAGAUUUUAUGUGGACACAUAUAUAAAAUAAAUGUUUCCAAAGGGAUUCUAUUUUCUAAAUGUUUUAACUAAAGGUCCAACUAUUUAUUUAAUUCCAAUCCCUUAAAUUGU